AUGAAAGUUAAAAGCAUUAUCUAAUUCAGCCUACAAAUCUUUUAUGCUUAUGGUAACUAAUCAGCUAUUUUGAAGUAAAUUAUUUUCAAGAUCAAAAAUGAUGACGGAAUCAAGAUAUGUAUACUAAUGCAACUAGCUGGUAUAUAUAUUUUUCUACAUAUAAUGGCCAACAACACUAAAAACAACGAGUUCAAAUAUUUGUUCAGCUAAUUUAGAGAUUACGUUUACAGUAAUAAGAAUGCUAUUCACAAUGAUUUCCUUUGUCAAAUUUCUGAUUCGAGAUGA